ACCGUCGCUAGUGAUGGCCGUCUCAUGUACAACCGCUCCACGGAGCGGACUUUCAACGGAAGCAUCAUCAGUUUUGGCGCGCUCUGAACAAGCAAUCAUAAUUUUCUCGCUGUGUCCUCUAGUUUUUGGCGUUAUAUUUCGAUAAAGUGAAUAAAAUGCAGCGUGAUUACGCCAAAGAUAAAGAAACGAUCAAAUCCUUCCUGGCGGAGUUUUACCGCGAGGAAGACGAUGGGAAGAAAAACUUCGUUUACGCACGCCAGCUAACAAAGAUUGCGCAUCGCGAGCAGAUUCAGCUUAUCGUCGAUCUGGACGAUUUGCUAAGCUACCGGGAUGAGGUGGCGGAAGCCAUGCAGAUGAAUGCCCGCCGCUAUGUGAAGCUGUUCUCCGAUGCCGUCUUUGAGCUGUUACCGUCGUACAAGGAGCGCGAGGUGAUGAACAAGGACACACUGGACAUCUUCAUCGAGCAUCGGCUAAUGAUGCAGGGCCGGCUGCACAAUCCGACUGAUGCACGCGACGCACGGAACAACAUUCCGAUGGAGCUGAUCAAGCGGUACGAUGUGUACUUCAAGGCACCGAGCAUGGCGAAGGCCCUAUCGAUCCGUGAAGUGAAAGCGGACCAAAUCGGUAAGCUGGUGACGGUGCGGGGCAUUGUGACCCGCUGCACUGAGGUGAAGCCAAUGAUGACAGUCGCGACAUAUACGUGCGAUCGCUGUGGUGCGGAAACGUAUCAACCGGUAACGUCGAUGAGUUUUAAGCCGGCGAUCGAUUGCCCAUCGGAGGAUUGCCGAGUGAACAAGGCGGGCGGUCGACUGUACCUGCAAACGCGUGGCUCAAAGUUUGUAAAGUUCCAGGAGGUUAAGAUCCAGGAGCACAGCGAUCAGGUGCCUGUCGGUCACAUUCCACGAUCGCUUACGGUGAUGUGUCGUGGGGAAACGACACGCUGUGCCCAACCGGGUGACCAUGUGGUCAUUACGGGCAUUUUCCUGCCCAUCCAGAAGACAGGCUUCCGGGCAGUUGUUUCCGGAUUGUUGAGCGAAACGUUUGUCGAUGCACAUCGGAUCGUUUGUUUGAACAAAUCGGACGAAGGGGAAUUGAACAAUGAGCUUACGCAGGAGGAAUUGGACGAGCUUGCGAAGGAUGAUUUCUAUACGCGUAUCGCCAGCAGUCUAGCGCCGGAGAUUUAUGGCCAUUUGGAUGUGAAGAAGGCACUGCUGUUGCUGCUGGUGGGAGGUGUUGAUCGCAGUCCGGACGGUAUGAAGAUCCGUGGUAAUAUCAACAUCUGUUUGAUGGGUGACCCCGGUGUGGCUAAAUCGCAGCUGCUGGGAUACAUCGAUCGUCUGGCUGUGCGUAGCCAGUAUACCACUGGUCGUGGAUCAUCCGGCGUAGGUUUGACGGCAGCCGUCAUGAAGGAUCCACUGACGGGCGAGAUGGUGCUGGAGGGUGGCGCACUGGUAUUAGCUGAUCAAGGUGUGUGCUGCAUCGACGAGUUCGACAAGAUGGCGGACGAGGAUCGUGUAUCGAUUCACGAAGUCAUGGAACAGCAAACGAUCUCGAUUGCAAAGGCCGGCAUUAUGACGUGCCUGAAUGCGCGUGUAUCCAUCCUAGCUGCGGCCAAUCCUGCCUACGGUCGGUACAAUCCUCGUCGUACGAUCGAGCAAAACAUUCAGCUGCCAGCUGCGCUACUUUCCCGGUUCGAUCUUCUAUGGCUCAUCCAGGAUAAGGCAGAUCGGGACAAUGAUCUGCGCCUAGCAAAACACAUCACUUACGUACACAGCCACGGUAAACAGCCACCGUCCCGCAUCAAGACACUCGAUAUGGCUUUAAUCCGACGGUAUAUUGCACUGUGCAAGCGCAAGAUUCCCGUAAUCACACCGGAACUGACGGAUUACAUCGUUAACGCGUACGUGGAGUUGCGCCGUGAGGCACGCAACAGCCGUGACAUGACGUUCACAUCCGCGCGUAAUCUGCUUGGCAUUUUGCGCCUCUCAACCGCAUUGGCUCGACUUCGGUUGGCCGAUACCGUCGAAAAGGAUGACGUGAAGGAAGCGCUACGGCUGCUUGCCAUGUCGAAGGAUUCACUGAAUCAAACCGAACAACGUGACACACACGUGCAAAACACUUCGGACAAGAUAUUUGCUCUCGUGCGCGAACUGGCCGGUGACAGCAAGACGGUAAAGGUGGCCGACAUAAUGGAACGCUGCACGACCAAGGGCUACAAACCGGACGAGGUUGAUGAGUGUAUUGAAACGUACGAGGAGCUUAACGUGUGGCAGGUCAACCAGACGCGAACGAAAAUUACCUUCCUCUAAGGCGCCAUUGCAAUUUGUGUUCUACUUCCGUUUCGUAUUGUUUUAUCCUUUACUUUAAUGUUUUUUUUUCCAUUUUUUUAUUGACAUCUUGGAUAUUCGUCUUUUUUCAUGUAGUUCGUAAAAUGUCUCAUUUUUUAUUGAUAAGAAAUUUUGUGUACCUUGGUAAAGUGUGUUAGGGAGAGAAAAGGGAGUAGUUUCAAGUGUGUGUAUGUGGGCUUACUUUAUUUUACCAUUUUUUUUUUAUUGAAACUGCACGCCCCAAACAGUAUAAGUUAGGAAAUGCAUCUUCGUUUCUAAUGAAUGAUUUAAUAAACGAGUAAAUGUGACGAAAAUAAGAAUGUUUUGUUAGAUUUGUGGAUCGUACCCGAAAUGAAGGACAACUGCGAUGGAGAACGCUAGUACGCUUCAAUAUUUUCCAGAUGGAUUUUCUAAGGACCGUAGAUCGUGACUGAAGCAAAAUGAAACAAAAGAUCUCUUCACACAGGCUUAUAGAAUGGCUUAAGUUCUUAAUUUCGCUCUCGAUUUAGUUCGGAUAAUCCAUUUUUUGUAUUCCACCUGGGUAAUAGUAGCAUGACCAAUCUGAUUCGUCCUUCAACUAGGAUCACUGUCUCCCAUAUACAGAAGAAAAUCAAAACCUGACUAGAAAAGCUAGCAGGUGAUUCGAGAGUUCGAAUAUUUAGAGAAU